GGUUGCAGUUGCCACGAGGACGUGCUGGUCGACGCCUCGACCACGUUCAAGCGGCGCCGCGGCAUGGGGGAUAGAUCAGGGAGCAGCACAUGCCCGUGGAAGGGGAAACGCCUCGCCAAUCUCGCAUUGGGUGAGGGCGACAAGAUGUUAGAGCGCGUCGCCUCCCUCACGUCCACGCGGUACGUGGAAGCUAGUCUCAAGGCCGCGCCCAUGCUCGCCGCGCGGAUUGCUGUGAUCGACGACCAUUGCAAGCGGCGGUGGUGCAGCAUCAUGGGGGACAAGCUUGCCUUUGCAAAGCGCAUACCUCACAUGGUUGCUGGCGGCUUCGGGGAGUACAUCGGGUCCUCGCUGUUGAGCGCCAAGGCGGCCAUUCGCAAGUGCUUCGAGCAGUACGACGCCAUUGUGGACAAGGCCACCGCAGAUCCCAUCUCUCAGUCCCUCUUCGGUCUCAGGAAUGUCGUUUCGAAGCAGCUGUGGGACUUCAAAGAGAACCCGCUGUCCCAGCUCCAUUUCUACCCAGAGGCUUUCCAGGAAGUGUUGGACAGGGCCUUCUGCUCGGUCGUGGAGCGGCGCACUGAGAGGGAGCACGUGGGGGUCAAGUGGGCUGCGAGGAGGGGGCUGCGCUACGCUGGGCCCGCCAUCGUGUGCGCCCGCAAGCGCUCGUCCCAGAUCGAGGAGAUGCUAGACGAUCGGGUCCAGCUUGAUUGGGUAUCUCGGCAGUGGCAAAGCAGGCAAUGCUAUAAGGAAUUGUUGGCCCACGUUCUGCCGCCUGGAGACAUCAGCAAACUCACGCCCGCUCAAACGCAUGCCAGAGUGUACGCCUACGACGCCAAGGACCAUUUCCAGGAUGUUGACCAGCAGCAGAGGGCCGACAAAGAGUUCCAACUUGCCUUAGCAGAUGUGCAAGCACAACCAUCAAUCCCCCCGUCCGAUAGCAUGAAAUUGGUGAUGGCUUAUUUGAAGAACCGCUUGCAGGGCACCCAGAAGUUCAGCAUCCCCAAAUCGCUUUUCGACUUGGCUGCAGCUGGUCCCGUCCAGGACCCCGUCGCCGACAUCAGCAUUGACCAAUUCGUCGACGGCCUUCGCCGUGGUGUCGUGUUCCACUCUGCGCCAGAGCCGCACGUGUUCUGCAUGGUGGUCGACCCGCGCCCUGAGCGCAAGACCCGAGUGACAGACAUGCACCAGGUGCGCCGCCUGACUGGCAUACGCGUGCAGCGCAUGGAUAUACUUGCCCACAGCGCAGAUGGGGCAUACGUAAUGCAGUGCAGCGCUGGGCCAUCGGAGUUGAUUGAUAUCGGCCCAUGGUGCGAGCCAGCCGUUUUCAGUCGGGUGUGCAGGGAGUUGCGACUUUGGCGGGCGACGUCGUGCGGAUUGACGUUGCAUUUGACAGCUGCUCCACUGGCGCUGCAGCCGCUGAGGCCGCCCGACACCGAGGUAGAGGGCGCCCUCGCGUUGCCGGAGGCUCAAUUGGCAGCGUUGGCUGACCCAGAGCGGAGGGACGCCAUUACGGUGACAGCUUCUGGAUGCGUGUUGGCCGAGUCGGCUCGGCGCGUCGUGUCGCAGUUGGUUGAGCGCAGGGCGUUUGCCGAGUCCGACGCCCUCGUCCCGAUCGGCAUCCUGGACCACUUCACGAACCUCGCCAUCGUGGUUUUGGUGGACUUAGGAUGUUGGAAAUUGGCCUUUGCGCCAAGCACUAUGUAG